UUAUCUGGCCUCUGGAUAAAUGACAGCGAGUAAUAAAAACACUGGUGAACAUGACGGGACACAUCUGGACGGAAAAACAAGGGGGGGAAAGUGAGAGAGGUAAAUAAGUCGGAUUUUUUUGUGAGGGUUUAGUCUCAGUCCUCUUAGGUUUUACAACAUGCAACAUGAAAUGGAGGAAUGGGACUGACCAUAAACGCAACCGUUUUUUCCUGAUGUUGCUGGAAGCAAAAUGAAUGAUGCCGCUCUUAAGAAAAAUUAAUCAGGUCCUCUUCAUUAUGCUGGUGUUACUGGUGUGUUUGCUUCUUCAUAAUGCCCUGCUCAGAACUUCCACUCAGCCUCGAUCAGAUCCCAGGAAGAGCCACAGCGGCGCAGUACGACACUCCCACAUGAGACCCUUGGAGGAGGAUGAUGUCAUCCCUGUCAUCAUCAAUUCAUCCGAGGAACGUAUGGGUGCAACCAUGGCAACCAUCAACAGCAUCAUUAGCAACACAGAUGCCAAAGUUUUCUUCUAUGUUGUUACUCUGCACGAUGCUGUCAAACUCACAAGGAGAUAUAUAGAGAAGACAAAACUGAAACACAUCCAGUAUAAGAUAUUAGAGUUUAAUCCAAUGGUUCUUCUACGAAAGGUCAAGCCAGAUUCAUCUCGACCCGAACUCUUACAUCCACUCAACUUUGUGCGCUUUUACCUACCCCUCCUCGACAUAAGCCAUAAGAGAGUGAUUUACUUAGACGACGAUGUCAUAGUGCAAGGUGACAUAAAGGAUUUGUUUAAUAUUCAACUGAAAGCAGGACAUGCUGCUGCUUUUGCCACUGACUGUGACCUCCCCUCCACACAUGAGAUGGUUCGAAGCAUUGGCAUGCAGACAACCUACAUGGGCUUCCUGGAUUAUAGGAAACAGCAAAUCAAAGACUUGGGCAUCAACCCCAGCGACUGCUCCUUCAACCCUGGAGUGUUUGUGGCAGAUAUUAGCGAGUGGAAGGAACAAAAGAUCACCAAACAGCUGGAGAAAUGGAUGGAGGAAAAUUUCAGGGAGAACAUAUACAGCAGUGCCAUGGCAGGAGGUGUGGCAACUCCACCCAUGCUUAUUGUCUUUCAUGACAAAUACACAACAUUGGAUCCUCUGUGGCAUGUCAGACACCUCGGAUGGAGUCCAGAUACCCACUAUCCAGAGAGCUUCCUGAAAGAGGCCCACCUGCUGCACUGGAAUGGCCCACUCAAACCGUGGAAUUAUCCUGCUGUGCACACAGAUCUGUGGGAGAGGUGGUUCAUACCAGACCCCAACGGAAAAUUCUCUUUGAGACGACCUGAUGGUGACAGCUAAGACCUGCAGAAAAUAAGUUUCUCCCUGUGGGAACCUCCAUGAACUCAGAUGUCUUCUUAAAACCCUCCCAAGUGAGUCUUGAAUAAAGAAUGUGAACUGUUGCUGUGGAUUUCAGAGACAUCGCUUUAUGUCAGAAAGUUGGAAAAAUAAACUUCUAGGCUCAUAAGAUGCCUUUGUUGUAAAUACACUGGUUUUAAGUGAGAAUUUUAAUUGCAUAUUGCUUUUAAAUGGCACAUGCAGUGAUCCAUAAUUCUGCCAGA